AUGGCAAGGAUCAACACAGCAAACCCCCUGGUCAAAAACACACCUCACAAGGAGGCCACCCAGCGCAACAUAGGAACAUCCCAAAACAAUCCACUGCCUAGAGAGCCAUGUUUCAAUUUCAGAAACACACCCAAGCACAAUAUGCUCAUUAAGCCCCAAAGCCAGUCACGACGGCAGGCAAAUGGCUCAAGUGGGUCGUUUGAUAUAUUGCCCGACAGCGAUUCGGCAUCGGAAAGUGAAUGUGGACAUCACAGGUCUACCGGAAAGCAGCAAAAGCAAAGAACACUGGGACUCGCACGUCGAAGCGGGAGACCGCGUCCAGCCAUCCGAAGAGAGACUGAAGAUUACGACAAGGAGAACGACGUGCCAGAAUAUGCUACGGAUGGAUAUCGAACUCCAGAUUUAACACCAACAAGGCCGAAUGCCUCACAGCCUUCAAGAAACAGAAUGGAUUACACCGCCGCAACACAGCCAGUGAAUAACCACCAAGAAGAACAAGAGGAGCUUGGAAUUAGCUCUGAAGAAGAAGAUAGUUCUGACUCACUAGAUGGGUUCAUUGUCAGUGACAAUGAUGAGCUUAGCUCCUAUGAGACAUCGGAUUCUGAGACACCCGGCACAGAAGACGAACCUAGCCCGGCUCCAUCACCUGUCAGGUCACCAAGAAAGAGACUCAUGCGUGGGAGAAGACCGAUAUCAGAAGCGGAAUCAAACACCGCUGCGGAUGACGAACCAUCAAUGGAACCGACGGAGGCGGUGAUAGAGCUGAACCGAUCAACUGAGAAACCAAAGGCAGUCGCCUCAACACCUGAAGAGUGCACACCAAAUCUUGCAACCAGAUUCAAAUCUACAUCCCCUGCCCGUAAGGUGGAGGUACCCAACCCACAUUUUGAUUCAAACUAUCCUCUCUAUUUCGGCCUCCACAACACCAACGACCUCAUCCAGCACCUUGAGGAUCUUGACCUGGACAGCGACAAUGAAUCUACAUCGCAAACACAGCCGGAACGUUCCAACUCAGAAUCAGAGAAUGAACUGCCAUCGAAACUAUAUCCAAGUCACAAAAGCCUACCGCCAGUGACACCGUCACACGCGAAAUCUCACAUUUCCCUCAAUCGCACCCUCAAAUCGGUUGACAGGUCGCCGGGAAUGGGUACUCCUAUGACAUUAAAGGCCAAGAAACAGGCCGAGGCGGCGCGGAAACGCGAGAUCCGAGCCCAAAUUGCCGAAUUCAACCAAAGGAAGAUCGGCUUUGCCGAAGAGUUCCUCCAGCACCUUGAAACUGCCUUCGAUAACCAGAUUACUCGCAUGACCGAGGAAACCGGCGGCAUCAAGAUCAUUUGGACGAAGAAUUUCAGAAACACCGCUGGCCGAGCAACCGUACGUUCAGACAGAAGAGAAGCCGGCGUAGACGGACCCGGGAAACGGCGUCACCAUGCCACCAUUGAGCUCUCCGAGAAAGUCCUAGACACCGAAGACAAGAUCCUCUGCACGCUGACACACGAGUACUGCCAUCUCCUCGAUAUCUUGCUCACUAGAAACAUAGCCAAGGGAACGGCCCAGCAUGGUGCCAGCUUCAAGCAAUGGGGUGACCGAUGCGUCCGCGCACUGGAAGACCAUCCCAUCUAUGGGGGCCGGGUUAAGGUCACGACUAAGCAUACUUACGAAAUCAACCACAAAUACAUCUGGGCCUGCAAGGCCCAGGAUUGCGAUUUCAAGGUCGGGAGACACUCGAAGAGUGUUGAUCCAAAGCGUCAGUUCUGUGGCCGCUGCAGGGGUGUUCUCGAGCAGAUCCAGCCGGUGCCUAGGGCUGUGAUGCCUAGGAGGCCUGUUGCGAAGGUGAUUGUUGCAGAUGAGCAGAAGGAGAUUGUGGUCAUUGAUCCUUGA